UAGCGAAGCGAGUGGUAGAGGUGGGGAGAAGCAGACAGAAAUCGCCACACGGUGGGGGCAACACGAGGAGAGGAUUAUAAACGGAGGGGAGAUAGAGCUGUCAGGGGUUAAACAGUUCCCUCCUGAGGGUGGGGUUGUGCGUAGGAGGUGGAGACCGUGAAGGGAGUUGUGAUUGUAAGGGGUGGGGGCGUCACAGAAAAUCUGGCGUGAGGAGGUCCUGAUCUCUCUCUCUCUCACACACACACACACAGGCUGGCAGAGAAACACCCACCAGCAACCACCAGCCCCACCCCACCCCACCUUCCGCUGGAGAAAGCCCUGACCCCUAAAGUGACAGGAGACACCGUGAUAUUAACACGGGGAGGAGGUGGAGGCGAAGGAAAUUGACAGACAUGAAACUGAUCGGCGGGGAGAGCCGAGGCCAGCAGCUGCCGCUUCACAAGGCGGUUAGGAACUGCAGCUCUCCCCCUCAGCCUCCCAGCUCCCAGUAAAGCGACCGGAGAAGGAUUUCUAUCGUUAUCAAAAACAGCAUUCUUUUGAUUCGGUUUUAAUGUUAAUAGCAUGAUCACCCUGGAACUGCCGAACUCGGAAUUCGCGCAGAGAGACCUGGCACACUGGAGUUGGGGGUGGCAGCACCAACCAUGGACAGCACCAUCACACUUUGGCAGUUCCUGCUGCAACUUCUCCUGGAACCUAAGAACGACCACCUGAUCUGCUGGACAUCAAAUGAUGGCGAGUUCAAACUGCUCAAGGCUGAGGACGUAGCCAAACUGUGGGGAUUUCGUAAAAACAAACCCAACAUGAAUUAUGAUAAGCUGAGUAGAGCUCUGCGAUAUUAUUAUGAUAAGAACAUUAUUAAAAAAGUGAAUGGACAGAAAUUUGUCUAUAAGUUUGUGUGCUAUCCGGAGAUAUUGAACAUGGAUUUUAACAUGGUGGGCAGGUCUGAGAAAGGAAUCGACACAGCUUUGCCUGAUAUGAGUCGGCCACAAAAGGACAAGGAAAACCAUAGCCAGGAGAAAGCAACCUCCUCCUCCAAGAUCUCAAGCCGCAACGACUACAUCCGCUCAGGGCUCUACUCAUCUUUCACUUUGAACUCGCUACAAACCAAUCCCAACAUCUUCAAGUCCAUUAAAAUCGAGAACCCUGGGGAUAAGCUGCCUGAAGAGAAAAAGAAGAAGCUACCCGCUCAGGAGCCUGUCACAGUCAUUAAAUUUGUUACCAACCCACCAAAAAGGGAGACACCAGUCUCUGUGGUAGAACCGGCGGCGGUGCCCUCGGUCGCGGUGACCCCACCAAACCCAGCAUCAUCGGAGGAGUCCCUGACAGUGCCAAACAUUGUCACAUCCUUCGCCUCGACUCCAUCCUCCAUCUCGCCUCCCACGCCUCUGCCCUUGAGCCCUGGCUCACCCAUUUUAGAGCCCUCGCUGGAUCCAGCUGCUGGUUUGGCCGUGGAGACUGAGCUGACCACCAGCCCCUCGGAUGACCUGACACAGCCUCUGGAGCUCUCCUCGGAUGGGGAAGAUCCGUCGUCGGACAACCCGGAAACCAGGCAUCAGAAGGGUCGGUCAAAGAAGCCAAAGGGGCUAGAGCUGACUCCGGCCUUGGUUAUUACCAGCAGUGACCCAAGCCCUCUGGCCCUGCCGAGUCCUCCUCUCCCGGCAGCAUCAUUGACACCCGCCUAUUUAACCCAGACUCCAUUCUUACUGACUCCCAGUCCAUUAUUGUCCAGCAUCCAUUUCUGGAGCACCCUUAGUCCAGUGGCCACACUCAGCCCAGCCCGAAUGCCUGGAACCAGCACUUUAUUUCAGUUUCCAAACAUUGCCAACAGUCACAUGCAGAUCCCAUUGUCGAGUGUGGAUGGCUCAUCAACUCCAGCCUCCUUGUCGCCAGACCUUCAGAAGGCCUAACAAGGAAGCUGACAUGUCAAAAAGUCAUGCCUAUUCAACAAGGCUACAAAAGGAGCUCCUAUGUGAGAGACAAAGAUGACCAGUGGUGAUGAUGCCAACGUGUGUAACAUUGGCGAUCAGGUCCUUGAGACCUCAGCUGGCGCUGUGAUCGUAGGUCCUUGCCCAGAACAACAUGGUAUGCUGGCAUAGCGAUGGCAACAAUUGAACACAUUCGUUGCUUCUUUCACUUUUAAUCUUUGAUUUGGAAUCUGUUUACUUUACUGAUUCUACUUAAUCGAGCAACUGUGAUGAGAUUCUAUGCGAUAUCAAUGCAAGUGAUAUGGGAUGGAUAACUUUUUGCAUAUCUCAAAUUUUCUCUGGCACUGCCAGUUAUUUUGGAGCUCCUGCACCUGUACAGACCUUGUUGUUCAGCUUGGAACAGUGAGCUCGAGGGAGGCAGUUGACUUUUCUGUUUUGGAUCUGCAUUGCUGCCUUUAUCUUCUGUGCCCUCACUGGUAUAUGAGGGAUGGAGAUUAUGCCUAACUGGAAGACCAAAAGCAGCUUGAGUCACACUGCCUUGCACACUCUCCAUAUUCUCAGAUUGGAACUCACCUGUAGAAUGUGAACAACAGCUUUCAAAGUGCUCCCUCAUUAAGUGAUUGUUACUGAGGCUCCCUCAGUCUCAGUUGCACAACUGACUUCAAGAGACUGGACUUCCGAAUCCAGACUACCUAUCAUUAGUGCAGCCUGCUCCUCCUAUUCCUUUGGACAGACCUGCCUCUUGUCCAUUAUUUUGACCUUCUCCCUCUGUGAAGGAAGGCAGGGCCUGUCUGGGAUCUGCUUUGUGCCUGCGAUGGGACUUGUACAACCACAUUCUCAGCUCCUUCUGUCCAAUGCCAGUGCAUCAAUGUGGCAAUUUGUGAAUGCCAGUUUAAAUCUGAUGGGCAAAGUUGCUGUGCCAGGGCUGAAGAAUGAUAUUUGUUGACUGAACCCACGGCAGGUUGCAUUUUAGCUUUUGGUUGAUUUGAAAAGCAAACGUUGUCUCAGUUUUCUGGUAACAGUUGAUAACCUAGCCUUCCACAUGCCAAUGUUUGGUGAGUCUAUUCCUCCAUUUCAACCCUUCAAACUGUUUAUUCCACCAGCUCUGUUCCUUUUCAUGAUAUCUACCCUUACAAUUCUAAUUCUAUCAUACCUUCAUCUCCACUUCCAACUUAAUAAUCUUUUCUUCUUUGUGGGAAGCUUCAGCCUGUUUAACCAGCAAAUGCAUUCCAUGGUCCAUCUCUCUUCCCUUAUAAUAAUUUCUGCUCUAAUUUCCAUGAUAUUGCCUUUACCCCCAAGGAAUCACUUGAUCAUGAGAUGGAUUUAAGUGCCCUGAGUACAAAUGGACAGGUUUUGAAGAGAUGAUAAUUUUGCUCAAGGUUUGAAGUCAUUUUUUUUUAACAUCAAGAAAGUUAACAAAUGAGCGAAUGCUGUUUGAGGUUCAGUAUCCAUUUCUAAUGCUGUGUUUGCUCUAGUUGGGUGAAAUUUCUUGUUUUUCUAUUAGGAUGUCAUCUCAUUUAUUGACUGGCAAGAAAAGAGAAUUUGUUUGGGCUUUGUGCACACAAUGUCAAUUCUUCCAGGUGGCUGAUAAAACCAAACUUGUUUCUUGCCAAGAUGAUGGUUAUGUCACACCAGUUCCUUUACCCCUAGAGUAGACCUUUAUAGGGUCUCAUCUUCUUUUUAAAAUUCAUUUGCAGGUUGUGGGUGACACUGGCUAAACCCACAUUUGUUGCCCAUCUAUGACUGACCUUGAGAAAGUGAUCGUGUGUUGCCUUAAUGAACUGCUGUUGGUGGAGUAGGUAGGAGUUCCGAAAUGUUUGCAUGUAAUAUACAUGACUGGUGCUUUAAAAAAAUUAGGGAAAUGUUUUUUGUAAAUUUUUAAUGGUACAUGAAUGGUUUGGGUGCUAAAUUGGUUUUCUGAGUCCUAAUGUUAUUGCAACGCAAAGAAUACUGCACACUAACAAAACUAAAUACUUUACAUUUUUAGUGACCAACGUCCUUACAUAUUAACGUACAAAUUGAGAGCAGAAGUAGACAAUUUGGUUCUCCCUCGUCACAUAGCAUCUCACCAACAUCACAUCCCAAAUGGCUUAACUCUUCUGGCCAAGCCUUGUUAUCAACAAAUCAAACCUUUAAUCUGUCCCCAAAAAGCAUUGCUUAUUUCUGUUCCGAAGGGGAUUGUCACAUGUUUUGAAAUUGGGUGUUGUGCUGUAAUUAGGUCGAAGUGGGCAUAACAUUUUGAUAUGUUGUGGGGAAAGAAGGUUAUUGGCCCCAGUUCCUCAGCCAAUGUCCCUCCCUCAAGGAGCAGCGACUAAACAAAGAGAGAAAUUAACGAGCCAGCCAGCACGUUGUCACUUGAGGGAAGCUGCAAUUGCUUCAUCCACUGCUUUAGUUAAUGUGGCUACACUUCGCAAAGGAAUUAUUAAGUGAAAGCACUUUGGCCAUGUUUGAGAACUGAUUAAAAGAAAGAAUCAUCGAUUGUGAAAUUUCUGUUCAAUCCUAAUUUUCAACCAAACCAAAAUUUAGCUCUGGGGGGAUACUAUUGGGAUGUGACAAUACCAACUAGCAUUGUUUCACUUGUCAGAAUUUGGUCAUAAAUUCUGACAAAGCAAGUUCCAAGAACAAAGGCACUUUCUGAUUGUAGUGACAUGGACAGACCUUUUGAUGUACAUUUCUGUUGUAUCUGUUUAUUACUUGCCAAUGAACUAUCAAUGGAGCUGAUUGACAGUGAAGCUACAUCAAAUGACGUCAACUUAGCAUCCAGGUUAUCGAACAUAAACCAGAGCUAAGUGAAUUCAAGAGCAAAAUGUAUCGGGCAAGUGUGAAAGCAAUGGAUUUGGAGCUACUGGACCUUAAAGCUCUUUUGUAGCUUUCAGUGAAUGGAAAUGAGUUGGGCAAGUUCUGUUUUAUUUUAAAAGAAUGAUUUAAUCUAGUUUAAGCUGACUGUGGGGCUCUUGUUUUCCAGUGGACUAAACAUCUCCAGCAUAAAACAAUCAGGAGAUCAAGGAAAUUACUUCCCAAUCCCAUGCGAAAGGAGUUUGAGGUGUUUCUGGAUGCUAACAACAGGCAGAAGCAGGGUGAAGAAUGGCAAGUGAUGAGCAACUCACCCCUGACAGUUGCCCACUGCGCCAAUUCCAAAAUUUUAGUGGGUUUUGAGCAGGAAGAUGAGUGCUUAUUUGCUUUAUUUACGUUGGAAAUUUAUUGGAAUUCUUGCAGAAGAUCAGAGGAAGAAGAAAAAGAGUUUAGCUUUAAACAUAAAUUAGACUUCUUUUGUGUCUUGUUUACAUUUCAAACAUUUCUAAAAGAGUAAAAUUCUCACCGAAAGAUGAGGUGGUUAAUGACCAACUGGGUAAGAAAUGAUCUGGCAGUGUUCCCACAGAUCAUAAUGGAGAGAUCUUAGUCACCGUCUAUUACUGAGUUCUCUGUGGGCUAUUUUUCAGAUGUAGAGUGGAAGAUGGGUUAGAACCAAGAAAUUGAAUGUGAAAUUGCUUGAUCUAACAAUGUGAAUGUGAAAUUGAUCGCGGCACCAUAACUGGGAGGCCUAACCUGCACGUGCCGAGUUCCUGCUCCUCCGAUUAAAUUUUGCGAAACUUUCCAGGAAGGCCACUGAGUCUGCGGGAAUUAAUGUUGAAUAUUCUGGACACUGCUCACAAGAAAGAAUAUAUCAGGAAUGUCGAAAGAAAAUUUGUAUUUUUUAAAUUGUUUUCUUCGAACGGCUUUGUUUAUUCAAUAGAAAACUGUUGGACUUGGUAUUUUUAAGGAAGGGCUGUUUGUCUGGGCAGGAGGAUUGGAGGCAAGGAUGAUACCUCCAGGAAUACAUCCGAAUAGGGUUGGUAACCCAACAUCUUGUAAGUUUUCAUUUUAAACAAUGAAGCAAAAACAGUCUACUACAAGCACUGAUGCCAUCUCUCCGAAUAGUCAAUCAGCCUGUGCCAUCAGCGAGAUGAGGCAUCAAUAUCUCCCAACUUCUUUGCCAAAGGUCGGUGGCCUUCAUUAGCCUUAAACCAGGAAGGAAAAGUACUUUGGAAUUCCUUUUUCCUUUUGACAUAUUUGAGAGAUCAGAAUUUCAGCUGAAAAGGCUGUGGGGUGACUAGAGUAAUAUUCUUAUUUAAUUGUAUCUAAAGGGAAAAGUCUUAAGUUCAUGUCUAUUGAUAUUUUUUGAUAUGAAAAUUGUGAAGAGCCAUGCAUCAUUACAACUAUGUUACUGAACAGUUAACUGAUAAAACAGGGCUUAUUUUUGGUGGAUUAGCUUCCAUUUACUAAAAACCUAUCUGUGGUCUUUUAAGUGAUCAGAGCAUGUUGACACUACAGUUAUGGAUACUUUAUACCUUCAGGUUGACUAGUGAUUAGUGGAAUUGUGUAAUUAGAUGCUGUUUGCUACAUAGUCAAUGUAAAGGUGUAAUGUGUUUUCUCAUGAAUUACAUUUACAUCUCUGCCAGACAGAGAACUUAGGGGUUAAAAUUACAGUAUGUGACAUUAGUAUGAAAAUCCUAAGUCAUUCAUGUGAAACUCUUUUGUGCCUCUCGGAGGCAUUAAUCCAUCCUUAAAGUACAUUUACUUGUUAGAAUCAUUUAUUACAAGAGGCCAUUUGGUCCAUUGUGCCUAUGCUGAUUCUUUGAAAAAGCUAAAAAAAACGAGUGUUGCAGAUGCUGUAAAUCAGGAACAAAAACAAAGUUGCUGGAAAAGCUCAGCAGGUCUGGCAGCAUCUGAGAAGACAAGACCAGAGUCAAUGUUUCAGGUCCAGUGACCCUCCUCAGAGCUUUGAAAUAGCUAUCCAGUUAGUGCGCACCUUUCCCCACCACCCCCCUACCAUUCUCCAGAGGCCUCCAAAGCUUUUCCUUUUCAAAAAACAUAUCCAAUUUCCUUUUGACAAUCAAUGCUAAAAUCUGCUUAUUCUAACAUUUUAGGCAGAUCUUCCAUAAUUUACUGUGUGGAUUUAAGGCCUUCUCAUCACCCCUCUGUCAAUUAUCCAAAACCCAUAUCUUCUGGUUACUGAAUCUUCUCCCAAUGGAAACAGUUUCUUCCCAUCUGUUUUGACAAAACCUUCUUAGCCACAGAUGGUUCUGUCUGAAUCUCCUUCACUACUCCGAGGGGAUCAAUCUCAGCCCACUUGAUCUCUCACUUGACCGAAGACCCUCAGUUUGUGUGCUACUAAUUUUGCAUUGGCUCGUGUGCUAAUGUUUCUGGUGACUGAGACCAGGAGAAGUUGGGCUGCAGCACAAUAUAUACAGCAAAAACUUCCAGAGAUGUGGAUUGUGUAGUUAAUUAUUCUUACCUGUGUCUGGAUAUUAUAGUUGGUUAGAACAUUAUCUUUGUGCCUUUUGUGACCCACGGUUGUAAAAUGACUUAACCUCGAAAACAAGUCAGUUCUCCUGGCCUUUUGUCUAACUCAAAAAUGGAUUUAAGGCAGUAGAAACCUAUUUCCUAUUUAGCCUACAGCGUACAACUAGGCAAUCAUAUGUACAGCAAUUGCAAGGACUGCUGGCGGGGUGUAAAAGAAAUGUCACACUGAUUUGUUAAGCUUGCUCUGAGGGUUAUGUCCUAUUACUAAGGUAGAGGUAGUCCUGCAUCUAAACGGCUUCAUUUCCUUACCUGAGAAUGAAUAUUAAUAGCAAAACUUUCCUUAAUCAACCACAUUGAGGGAGAGCACCACAGUAAUAGCAAUGGGAGAGCUUCUUGUCUGCAGUAUAACUUUGCAAUUAUUGACCGUGAGAACAUGUCAGGUCUUGUGAUAAAUUGAAAGAAGGAGGAAGUUAAAGCCGCCUCAUGUUGCCUGUUGUCCCAAGUACAGUUCAAAAUAGUGAAGGACUUAAACUCAAAAGGAUUUGUGCCCACUUACAUUUCUAUGUCAUUAAAAAUAUGAAUAUAAAAAGCUGGGACAGGAUAUUUAAAAGCUAAAGUCAACUUCAAAGACCAUAAGAAAGUGAGACAGGAGCAAUCCAUUUGGCUCCUCAAGCCUGCCUCACCAUUCAAUAGGAUCAUGGCUGAUCUGACAUUCCUAACUUUCCCACCCUUUCCCCAUAGACCUUGAUUCCCUGACUGGUCUAGAAUUUAUCUCGCCCUAACAUAUGCACAAGGACUCUGCCCCCACAGCUCUCUGUGGAAAGGACUUCAAAGACUCUCAACCCUCUGAUAGAAGAAAUUUAUCCUCAUCUCAGUCUUAAAUUUAUUCUAAGACCCUCCAGUCCUAGACACUCUCAUGAGGGGAAACAUCCUCUCAACAUUUACCCCGUCAAGCCCCUUAAGAAUCCUAUAUGUUUCAAUGAGAUUACCUCUCAUGCUUCUAAACUCCAGUGAGUAGAGUCCCAACCUGUUUAGCCUUUGCUUAUAAGACAAUCCCCCCAUAUCAGAGAUCAUCCCAGUCAAUGUCUCUGAACUGCCUCCAAUUAAAUAAUAUUUUUCCUUAAAUAAAGGGACAAAAACUUCUCACUGUACUCUAGAUGUAGUCUCACCAGCACAUUUUACAAUUUUAAUAAGACUUCCCUAUAUUUAUAUUCCAAUCCUCUGCAGUGACUAGGAGGAAUUUAUUUGCAAGGAACUCUAGUGUCAACAGCACCAAGUGCGUGUGACAUUAUAUAAUGUGUCUAUAGCUUCUGGAUGACCCCAAUUGUGCUAUUGGCUGUUAAUCAAAGAUCCCAUUAUACUAUGUUGAAGAAGGACAUGGGAGAAGUGUUUCUGAGGUGGCCUGGCAAAUCUUUACCCCUCAAUCAAAUGCAAUAUUUUAAUGAAAAAAAAGAAAAGCUCAACUGAUCUAUUAUCAUUCUGGGUACCAAUCCACUGCCAGGUUUUACAGGAUUACAGCAUUGGGAUUCUCUGAUUUCCUUAAGGGUAUGAGGGAAAGUCCUUUUUCACCAUUGCAAACCACUGUUAGUGUAGUAGAAACACUACUGGCAAGUUAAUUUUAACUCAUUCACAGGAUGUGGGUAUCACUGGCUAGGUUAGAAUUCAUUACCCGUCCCAAAUUGUCCAGAGGGCAGCUAAGAGUCAACAACAUUGUUGUGCACUUAGAGUACAGGCCUAGGUAAAUCUAGAUUUCAUUUUCUGAAGAUCAUGACAGAAUCAUUUGGGUUUUAAUGACAAUUGUGGUCAACACUAGGCCAGUUCUUCAUUCUGUUGACUUCAAAUUUUACCAUUGGCCAUGCUGGGUUUUGAACCCAUAAUUCCAGAUCAAUGGUCUGGUGCUCUGUCUUUCCAGUCCAAUGACAUAAUCACAAUGCCACUACCUCCCCAAGUUAGGGGUAGAGAUGAGGGAGUUGCACUCUCUGAUUGUGCCGGGCCAUUUGUGAAAAUAUUCAAUUUCUUGGGCUGAACUUUUUGGAGAGAAAAGUCUCCACUCUCCUACCUUCUGCCACAAGGUAACAAAGCAGGUGUAAUGGAGGCUGAAAACAAAACGUGCUGGAGAUCACUGUGGGUCAGGCAGCAUCCAUACAGAGAAAGCAAGCUAUAGUUUUGUGUCAUCAUUGGAGCUUCAUCUCAGAUCUAACGAAGGGUCAUUUGGACUCAACCUUAGCUUGCUUUCUCUCCAUGGAUGCUGCUUGACCUUCUGUGAUCUCCAGCAUCUUUCAUUUUCAGUCCUGAUUCCAGCAUCUGCAGUAAUUUGUUCCUACUAGGUAUCAUGGAGGUAAAAGUGGUAGUGUGUUUGCUAUGGGUAGUUUUUGAUUCCCUUGUGUGUUGAUACUGUUCAGAUAAAUUGUGUGAAGAAAUGGAAGGUGUGAUUAUUUUAUUUUUUCAUCUGCUGAAAAUGCAAGUGCUUCUGCUUUUGAGCUGUAAUGCCUUUCCUUGCCUGAGAGAGCUGACAAUAAUACGUGAAAGCAAAUCCUGCACAAAAUGAUGCAAAAUGUUUCUAUUCAAAAAGGACUAUGAUAAUGAGAUUUUGCUAAAAACUAAAUUCAAUGGAUUAUAUUGUAUUUAAAACUCUGUUCUGACCGCUGCACCUUGUGGUUGUAGUGUGAUUGAGAUAUCUGU